AAUCAUUCACAGAGAACACAUUUUUGCGCCCGCAACUGUCAAUCCUGAGCAUACGAUAAUUUCUUUCCCAUUUUCAACCAGGACACUCACUCCGCACGCUCUUACUUAAUACAUAUCCCAGAAACACCAUCACCGGUCUCAGCCAGGACAUCCAGGGACGCAUUAAAUUCUGCCCACCAUGUUCGAAAUUGACUGGGUUGGGCUCUCAAUGGCAUUUGGAUACAUUGGGGUUUUAGUGGGCUCUUUGAUCACAUUUUCUUCGGUUUAUCGAAAACGGAAAGCUGCACAAUCUGCAACUCUUGCGCCAUGGUUUCCUCCACAUAUGCAACGGAAUAUCUACCUCUCACUUCUUCAUCUUGAGCCAGCUGAAGGGCAAGAGAAAGCUCCCAAUGUACCGGACAGUGUUCUACGAGCUGCGCUCCUGAGAAGAGCCGUCGAAGACAUCCACCGAAUAAUUCAGAUCAGAACGGCAAAGCAAGCAUGCAGUACACUGCUACAGCGUGGCAGCGUUGGAGAUGCACUGUGGCAACGGUUUUUGAGGGCCGAGCAAGAGAUGGAAGCAGAGCUUAAAGACGUAGUUAUGGAGGCAAAUGCUCUUACACCGAAUUGGGGCACUACGAUUUUCCAAUCUGCAAACGAGAUGGCAGCCAACACGAUGUUCCGUCAAAAGCUGGAUGAUAUUCAGUCACAAACAGAGGCCGAGGUGGAAUGGUGGAAGACCAGGCGCGCGUCGAUCCAAGAUGAAUUCAUGAAGGAGCUUGAUGGCGAAUCAGGUGCAGCAGCCAAGGCCAGCAAACCCGGAAGCGAUGAGGAUGCAGUUCUUGUUGAAGGCGGUGGUCCCGCAGCAACAGGAAGCAUCAGAAAGAAGAAGGGCAAGAAAUGAGUCUUUCCAGUACGGGUGGCAGCUUCUGUAAAAUGAUGCAUUGGGACGGUAAAUAUGGGCGUUAUGGCGCAUGGAAUACCGCAUCUGUAAGAUAUGCGGAUCAGCAGAGUUGAUAGCUUUUGAAUUCGACAUCACAUAAGUCACUUUUUAAGUCUUCAUUCUCAGACCAGCCCCAC